AGCGCGCCGUGCGCCCUGCGCCUGGAGGUGCUGCUGGACCGGCCGCUGCGCGUCUUCCACGUGGAGGUGGAGGUCACCGACAUCAACGACAAUGCGCCGCGCUUCCCCGCCGCCUCCAAAAACAUCAGCAUCGCGGAAUUAACUACCAUGCCAGGUACCCGUUUUCCUCUGGAGGGCGCGUCGGAUGCGGAUAUCGGAUCGAACGCGCAACUCUCGUAUACACUGAGUCCCUCCGAGCACUUUAGUAUAGAGGAAGAAACCAGUGAUUCGCGUAGUAAAUCUUUGUUCCUGGUGCUCACAAAACCUCUGGACCGCGAGUCGCUGUCGGAGCACCGGCUGGUGGUGACGGCGAGUGACGGGGGCAGGCCGGCGCUGACGGGCACGGUGCAGCUGGUGAUCUCGGUGCUGGAUGCGAACGACAACGCGCCGCAGUUCAACCAGUCGGUGUAUAAAGUGGAUCUGUCCGAAGACGCCUUGGAAGGGACAGUGGUGGCGCGAGUGGCAGCCACAGAUCCGGACAAAGGAACUAACAGCGAAAUGAUUUAUGAAAUCGAUACUUUUAAUCCUCCGUCUGCCUCUGACAUUUUCACUAUAGAUGCAAACAGCGGGCAGAUCAGACUCACGGCUCCCCUGGACUAUGAAACAGUUCCUUUGUAUGACCUGCACGUAAAGGCAAAAGACAAGGGGACACCCCCACUAUCGGGCCACUGCAAGGUGGUGGUGGAGGUGCUGGACGUGAACGACAACGCGCCCGAGGUGUGGGUGACGUCGCUGUCGGUGCCGGUGCCCGAGGACGCGGCGCUGGGGACGGUGGUGGCGCUGCUGAGCGUGUCGGACCGGGACUCGGGGCCGAACGGUCGGGUGCGGUGCGCGGUGCGGCCGCCGUCGCCGUUCGGGCUGGUGGCGACGUUCGCGGGCUCGUACUCGCUGGUGCUGCGGGAGGCGCUGGACCGGGAGCGGGUGUCGGAGUACGAGGUGGAGGUGCGGGCGGAGGACGGCGGGGCGCCGCCGCUGCGCGCCAGCCGCGGGCUGCGGGUGCCGGUGUCGGACGUGAACGACAACGCGCCGGCGUUCGCGCAGGCCGUGUACACGGUGCUGGCGCGGGAGAACAACGCGGCGGGCGCGGAGCUGGCGCGGCUGUGGGCGCGAGACCCGGACGAGGCGGGCAACGGGCGCGUGAGCUACUCGGUGUGGGAG